AAGUAAAGAAGUCUCACGAAAACCCUGAGGCGUAGACAAACGAAAAUGUAGUCACCGAAAUAGAUCAAGUGCAUUCUAUACCGGUGAAAAAGUGUUUUUUCUAUUACCUUUCUGGAUUUUGCAGUACGUCAACCAUACGGAUCGAUUUCCGUGCGAGAGAGAAAUGGAUAGAUAACGGAUCAUUUUAACAACAACCAUCAAAGGACUUUACAGUCUCGAUUUCUCGCUGUUGUGUACAAGGAACACGUUCAUACUGCACGCGGUCACAAGGUUGUUUUGAAAUUCCCCGAUAGCCAACUUAUCCUCUUAUCAUGAGUCGGCUAUUCACGAAUCUGUCCUUCGAAUCGUGGCUGAAUCCGAACUGUCGGUGGAUCUGCCGGAGUAGCGUAACGCAAAUAAGAUGCAAUGCUUCGGUUUUUGGCUCCCAAACACAAGCUUGGUCUUACGUGAAACAACAAACUUUGGACGAAGCGUCUGCGAAGCCAUCGAUUCGCCUGACCCCGUUCCAAAUGCUUUGGGCCGGAAGAUUCAAAGAUGGAACCCACUUACUAAAAAGUGCCCAGUUUCUUCAAAAAGAGUUACCUAUUCGGGUUGCACGUCGUGUUGUUGACUUUCAAAAACUGCCUCACAUUGCUCUGUGCAAUCCAGUCAUUCAUGAUAUGUAUGAAUUAUAUCUUAGAGCUUUUAGUAUGCUGUACAAAUUUCCCAAGGUGGAAAAUCUUGAAGCAGAGGAAAGAUAUUGUCGUACUAUCAGACAACUCUUAGAUGAUCAUCAAAGUGUUGUCACCCACCUAGCAGAGGGAUUCCAUGAAUGCCAGAAAAAUGUUCCAUAUGAAAUAAUAGAUGCCUUUUUAAAUCGUACCCUGACAUCAAGGCUUGGAAUCCGCAUGUUAGCAGAACAUCAUCUUGCUCUAAGCAUGGACAAGCCAAACUACAUUGGAAUUAUUUGUACUCACCUAAACCUUAAACAGAUUGUUGAGAGGAGUGGUGACUUUGCCAGGCAAGUUUGUGAACAUACUUAUGGUGUAGCUCCAGGACUUAUUGUCAAUGGCCACACAAAAGCAAUCUUUCCUCACAUUCCUGCACCUCUUGAAUACAUUCUUCAGGAACUCUUGAAAAAUGCUAUGAGGGCCAGUGUGGAAUUUCACUUAGACAGACCUAAUGAAGUGCCCAAUGUCGUAGUCACACUCUGCAGCAAUGAUACUGAAUUCUUUGUCAGGAUUUCUGAUCGUGGAGGUGGCAUCCCAGAGUCCCAGCUCCAGGAUAUCUUCAAGUAUUCGUUCACCACUAUGGGUGACCGAAGCACCAUAAAGCCCUCAGACAGUGACAACAUCCUCUCAGAAAUGUGUGCAGGACACCCAAGCAGUUCACCUAGUGGGGGUCCCAUGGCAGGAUGGGGCUUCGGUCUUCCUACGUCUCGUGCUUAUGCUACGUAUCUUGGAGGAUCACUUCGCCUGCUGUCCAUGGAGGGCUUGGGUACAGAUGUGUAUUUGCGGUUAAGGCACAUUGAUGGAAAGAAGGAGAGCUUUCGCAUUUAAUGCAGGAGCACUUCAGCUCCCAGUGAGCAUGUUUUGACCUCAAGGAGUCUGCUCUUCUUGCCACCAAGGGUACUGAUUCUCUUAGACAAUUGUCCUUUUAAAAAUAUUGCAUGUUAGGGAAAUAUCUGUAUGUCAAAAGAAAUAAAUGACAGGAGUUCAGCAAAGCUAAAAAAUCAUUAUCCAACAAAAUAUCCCAUGUAGUCAGCCAAUUAAUCCAACAUAAAUCCAAGUUAUUCUCAAAUGAAGUUGAACUUUUCAGGCUCUACCCACAGAGUGCAGAUGUUUUACUUCAUUUUAUACUUUGCAUAGAUCUGUCAUUUAAGAAUUGAAGGUCACAACAAUAUCCUACUGGUUUAUCAUAGCAUGGUCUCAACUCAUACUGAAUAUAGGAAGUGAAUGUUAAGGCAUUUUCGGUUUACCAUGUGACUUAUUUGGCAAAUGAUUUUUCCGUUGUAGGCAAAUUAACUUCCAUAAAAGUAACAAGUGACAGUCUUUCAAUGAUUGCUCCAGUGUGGUAGUCAAUAAGUAGGUUCAAUGUAUCUUAUUGAGACCGCAAAUCGCACCCCAUUAUGAACAGUACUGUGAGAUUACAUAGAGAUUACAUUGCAAUGAUUAUUUAAGUAUUAAUAUCAUUAAAAUUAUUAAAAAGAAGAUCAGAUUUGUUACAUUAGUCUCAUAUUGAAAUAGCUAUUUUAAUGCCGUGAGUUUGAAAUUAAGUCAUAUUUAUGUUUUUGGCUUCUUAAUCAGAUUAAAAUUGUAAUUAUUAUUUAAUUCUAAAAGUCUGUAGUGAGACUUAACUCGCUGAUUAUUUUUACCACAGAAGGCAUUUAUUAUCUUUUAUUGUAAUAAUGAAAUAGAUUAGCGCAAAGUUUAUUAAAAUAUUAUUGUGGACUCGA